GCAAACCAAGUCUGCGGCCAGCAGGAGGAAGGAAGAGGAAGUGAGAGCAGCGGCGGCCGGCGGCGCAGCAGCCGCGACCCGGAGUGGAAGUGCGUGUGCUCCAGUGAGCGAGAGCGGCUGAGGAUGGGCUCCCGAGAGCGGUAGAGCCACCCCCACGCCGUGGCCCCGAGCUUGGUGACACAGCUCCGGCUCCCCUCCGUGGUCGCGAGUCGCCGGGGCGCUGAUCUCUGGGAGCCUUCGCCGCCACCGCCGUUGGUCCUGCGACCCCGGGCAGGUACGGACACGUGCACUUGUCUGCGCCCUCAGACACCCAGUUCCACUGGCUUUGGACUUAUUCGGGGUUCACAAUGCCGCCUCCCGCAGACAUCGUCAAGGUGGCCAUAGAAUGGCCAGGCGCCUACCCCAAACUGAUGGAAAUCGACCAGAAAAAACCACUGUCUGCCAUAAUCAAGGAAGUCUGUGAUGGGUGGUCUCUUGCCAACCAUGAAUAUUUUGCACUGCAGCAUGCCGAUAGUUCCAACUUUUAUAUCACGGAAAAGAAUCGCAACGAGAUAAAAAAUGGCACUAUCCUUCGACUGACUACAUCUCCAGCUCAAAAUGCCCAGCAGCUGCAUGAACGGAUCCAGUCCUCGAGCAUGGAUGCCAAGCUGGAAGCCCUGAAAGACCUGGCCAGCCUCUCCCGGGACGUGACGUUCGCCCAGGAGUUUAUCAAUCUAGAUGGCAUCUCUCUCCUCACCCAGAUGGUUGAAAGUGGAACUGAACGAUACCAAAAGCUACAGAAGAUCAUGAAACCUUGCUUUGGAGACAUGCUGUCCUUCACACUGACUGCAUUUGUGGAACUGAUGGAUCAUGGCAUAGUAUCAUGGGACACAUUUUCGGUGGCAUUCAUUAAGAAGAUAGCAAGUUUUGUGAACAAGUCAGCCAUCGACAUCUCCAUCCUGCAGCGGUCCUUGGCCAUUUUGGAGUCCAUGGUGCUCAACAGCCAUGACCUCUACCAGAAGGUGGCGCAAGAGAUCACUAUCGGCCAACUGAUUCCACACCUUCAAGGGUCCGACCAGGAAAUCCAAACAUACACCAUUGCGGUGAUCAACGCGCUUUUCCUGAAGGCCCCUGAUGAGAGGCGGCAGGUUGAUGUAGAGAGCAAUGUUGACAUCCUUGAUUGUCCUCUGACUGAGAUGGCGAACAUUUUGGCUCAGAAGCAGCUGCGUUCCAUCAUUCUAACACACGUCAUCCGAGCCCAGCGGGCCAUCAACAAUGAGAUGGCGCACCAGCUGUACGUGCUGCAGGUGCUCACCUUCAACCUCCUGGAAGACAGGAUGAUGACCAAGAUGGACCCCCAGGACCAGGCUCAGAGAGACAUCAUAUUUGAACUUCGAAGAAUCGCUUUUGAUGCUGAGUCAGAGCCCAAUAACAACAGCGGCAGCAUGGAGAAGCGCAAGUCCAUGUACACCCGGGACUACAAGAAACUUGGCUUCAUCAACCAUGUCAACCCAGCGAUGGACUUUACCCAGACUCCUCCUGGAAUGUUAGCCCUGGACAACAUGCUCUACUUUGCCAAGCACCAUCAAGACGCCUACAUCCGGAUUGUGCUUGAGAACAGCAGCCGAGAAGACAAGCACGAAUGUCCCUUUGGCCGCAGCAGUAUUGAGCUAACCAAGAUGCUGUGUGAGAUCCUGAAAGUGGGCGAGCUGCCCAGCGAGACCUGCAAUGACUUCCAUCCGAUGUUCUUCACCCAUGACCGAUCCUUUGAGGAGUUUUUUUGCAUCUGCAUCCAGCUCCUGAACAAGACCUGGAAAGAAAUGAGAGCCACUUCGGAAGACUUCAACAAGGUAAUGCAGGUGGUGAAGGAGCAGGUUAUGAGAGCUCUUACAACCAAGCCUAGCUCUCUGGACCAGUUCAAGAGUAAACUGCAGAACCUGAGUUACACCGAGAUCCUGAAGAUCCGCCAGUCUGAGAGGAUGAACCAGGAAGACUUCCAGUCUCGCCCGAUUUUGGAACUAAAGGAGAAGAUUCAACCCGAAAUCCUAGAGCUGAUCAAACAGCAACGUCUGAACCGCCUUGUGGAAGGGACCUGCUUUAGGAAGCUCAACUCCCGGAGGAGGCAAGACAAAUUUUGGUAUUGUCGGCUUUCACCAAACCACAAAGUCCUGCAUUAUGGAGACUUGGAAGAAAGCCCACAGGGAGAAGUCCCCCACGAUUCAUUGCAGGAUAAAUUGCCAGUGGCAGAUAUCAAAGCUGUAGUGACGGGCAAGGACUGUCCUCACAUGAAAGAAAAAGGAGCCCUUAAACAGAACAAGGAGGUGCUUGAACUUGCUUUCUCUAUCUUGUACGACUCCAACUGCCAACUGAACUUCAUCGCGCCUGACAAGCAUGAGUACUGUAUCUGGACAGACGGACUCAAUGCACUGCUGGGGAAAGACAUGAUGAGCGACCUGACCCGGAAUGACUUGGACACCCUGCUCAGCAUGGAAAUCAAGCUCCGCCUCCUGGACCUGGAGAACAUUCAGAUCCCCGACGCCCCACCCCCUAUCCCCAAGGAGCCCAGCAACUAUGACUUUGUCUAUGACUGUAACUGAAGCUGCCAGGCUGGAAGUGUGCCCCGCCAGCCCCUCCAAAACUGGAAAAUCUAGCGAGCAGGGGAGAGGAAUGUAGAGCACGCCCACACCUCGGGAUCCUCUGGGGAAACUGGGGCUGUGGGGUCAACACUCUCUUUGUUUGGCCUCAUCUUUAGCCCUAGCGACUUUCUGCCCUGCCAGGAGCCUGGCUUCCUUCUCUGAUUCUCUUUCUAGGCUCCCAUUGCUUUAAGUCACAUGCCACUGAGGGCCGCAGACCAUGGUGGGAAAAGAGCAAACCCACCGCCAGUAGAGAGAGCCAAGGGGCCCUUCCAUCCUCAUCCUUGCAGGCAGGUGUGUCUUGCCUCUCUGGGGUAGGAAAACCAGCAGCCACACACUGCCUGGAGCUUGCCUGUGAGGCUGAGGGAGAGCUCUGAGGCCCGCCCCAGAGGGACACAGCCUAGCUGCCUGAUGCGAAGACCAAACGCCUCCUCCUCCCCAGCCCUCUCUAGAGUCAGUUCACACGGCCUCUCCCCAUUGAAUGGAGAUCUGCUUUCAAAUCCCCCACCUGCUCCCUUUUGUCCCUUGCCUGGCCCUAGGGCUCUUUGGUCCCAUCACAGUCCUCAUUCUAGUCUUCACCUGCAUCAGGUUCCCAAACACACAGGCCACCAUUUCCUUGCCCACUGGGUGUCUGCACCGUGCCCUGGCUCAACCUGCUCUCCUCGCCACCCAGUCACGGGACUCACUUCCCCGCCACAGCCCCCACUGGCCUUCUUUGUUUCCACACAUCCUCCCAGUCCCUGAGCUGGAAGCACAAGUGGUGAAAUCAGUAGUCAUGCUCCAUCUCUAAUAUACUAAACCUAAAUGCCUCUACGACAGGUUGUUGCUAUCAAGGAUUUGGUGUUGCCUUCUCCUGGGAGGCCCUGCUGCCACACAGGACCGCAGGCUAGGCAAGCUGUCAGACAUCCACGUUUACAUCAUUGUAAUUAUUACAGGUCUUUACAGGCUGCAAGAGUUUGGGGUUGAUUUUUUUGUUUUUGUGUUUGCUUUGUAUUUGUACAAAAGAGUCUAACAAUUUUUUUUUUUUGCCAAACAGA